CUACAGUGGCAUCGACCUUCCACACGAACGCGUAGAAAUUCAUACACACGGAGGAGGUUUCGGUCCAGCAGUUCUCGUUCUGCACGGUACACGCGACACGUAACUGUUCGCCGCCGCUGGUGCUGUUGCUGCCAUAGGCCCCGCGCACACAGUUACGAUGAAACCGUCGAAAAUGAUCGGCGGCGAUUACUCUCUGGAGUUGAACAACAUAUUCCACACGGGCCAAGUGGAGCCGGCCUCGUGUUUCCAGAGACUUUUCGGGUCCGUCCAGACCGGGCUCAUACUCAAAGACAUCACGUUCGAAGUCCGAUCCGGCGAAGUCAUGGCCAUCUUGGGAUCCAAAGGCAGUGGUAAAAGGGCGCUUUUGGAAGUGAUAGCCAGACGAAGCAAAGGUGUGUCUCGAGGACAAAUACUAUUGGACGGGCGUCCGCUCACGCAAGCAAUGUUCAAUCAAUGUUGUGCUUAUGUCGGGCACCGAGCCGACCUUGUGCCGUCGCUGUCGGUGCAGCAGACUUUACAUUAUGCAGCCAACCUGUCCGUCGGUUCGCAAGUCAGCGGCUACGUCAAAGACUCCCGGGUAAGACAGGUGUUGGCGGAUUUGGCCCUCAGCCAAGUGGCAAGGCGCAGCGUCGAAGCUCUGACCGAAGGCGAAUACAGGAGACUGGUCAUAGGAUCGCAAAUGGUCAAAGACCCAGUUCUACUACUUCUGGACGAACCCACGGCCGGGUUGGAUCCUUUGACGACCUACUUGAUCGUGUCUAUGGUAAGUAGUCACGCGAAACGCAGAGGCCGGGCAGUGGUGCUGACUAUGGAGAAGCCCCGUUCCGAUGUGUUCCCGUUUCUAGAACGUGUGGCUUACCUGUGUUUGGGCGACUUGGUGUACGCUGGACCCACGAGAAUGAUGUUGGACUAUUUCCGGGCCGUCGGGUUCCCUUGUCCGGAAAUGGAAAAUCCACUCAUGUACUACCUGUGCUUGUCUACGGUGGACCGGAGGUCGAGGGAAAGAUUUGUCGAAUCCAACGCUCAGAUCGUGGCGUUAGUGGAGAAAUUCAAGAUGGAAGGGGCGCCGUACAGGAAGUCUUCGGCUAUGUCGGUGCUCUUAGGGUCACCCCCGUCUGACCUUCAGUCCAAUUCUCAUCCGUACCCAUAUUCGGCUCAAGACUCUUCGACCGCACAAAUCGGCAUGACGCUUUACCAGCGUCAGUUUGCAUCCACUUUCGGGUGCUCUUGGAAAGCUCUGUUCUACUUGUCCGCCCGUCUUGUGGCUUUGCCCGUGGCUUUUUUGCUCGUGUGGAUGUUUUACAGGAACGUUAAAGACUAUCAGACGGCGUUCAUGUCCAGAACCGGAUUGCUGCUGACGUGCAUGACCACCACAUACUUGACUUCAGUGUUCACGACGGCCUACACGUUUGCUCCGCACAGGACCAGAUACUAUCAGGAAAACCAAGACGGUUCGUACAGCGGCCCGUUGUUCCUCGUUAGCUAUUUCACUUUCUCCCUGCCGAUGGCUUUCCUCACGGUUACCGGAUCGUCGGCCAUCCUCUAUCAACUCAUGAAGUUCAACAACUGGACCGAACUGAGCCUGUUCGCCGCGGUGCUGCUGAGCUGCUAUUUGUUUGCCGAACAACUGGUCAUAGCCGUCAUGGCGGUAUCUAAAAACGCGUACAACACUUGCAUAUUCGCCAUAUACUUCCUGGCCGUGAUGGUGGUGCUGGGAAGUGGCAUGCUCAGGUCGUACCGUGGCAUGUCCGAAUGGCUGUCGUGGGUCACAUACGCCACACAGACAAGGUACGUGGGCGCCUACUUGACGUCUCAGGCGUUCAACGGUCGCCGACAGUACCUGGGAUUGCCGCAGAGCACCGGACAAAAUUGUACCAUACCGGCGGCCGAAACGUUUGUCUGCCGAUACCCCGACGGAGACUCGUACGUCAAUGAAAGGUAUCCAGCUGCCGUGGCCGACGCACAAAUCAAUCUCGUUGCCAGCUUCGUGUUUCCCCUCACCGCCAUGGUUUUCAACGUUUUGCUGUACGUCUCUCCAUUGCCGUCGUUUGUCAAAGCCAAAUUCAGAGAGUAGUCGACUUGCGACAGCUGAAUACUUGCAAACAAUUAGAAAUCCUAUGAAAUGUAAAGACAUUUCGCAUUUUACAGACUACGGUCGGUAUGGUGACACGAGGAACCGAUCGCAUCGGAUGUCGGCCGAGUGUUCCAUGCCGACUACAAUCUUCAAUUUACAACAGACACCCUUACGGUGGUUUUUCUUGUUGGUUCAAAUAAAACAUGAUCUCACAAAAUAAUUUUCAGUGUUUCGGUUUAGAUAACACCUACAAUAUUUCGAAGUAAGUUGUCUAUUCAAAAGUUGACGGUCCGGCAGACGUCUUUAUUUUGUUACUUGUAAAUUAAGUAUCAUUAUUUUAGUGUAAUUAUUUCCAUUGAGUUCUUGUACAUAAUAAUAUAACAACAUUAAAUCUUCUAGCUAAUGUAAAACCUUAUAUAGAUAAUUAAAAACUAGAUAAUAUUUAAACAAACAAUACUGUGUUUUGAAUUAAAUGUUUUAUUUUUUUAUUAAUUUUUUUUCCAAAUAUAUAGAUAUAUAUUAGUUUUUUUU